UUCUCAAAAAAACAAAGUUAACGCGGUCGAAGUCGCGGGUGGCUGUAAGUAUAUAAUAAUUAUGUAUUAUAUUAUGUUUUGGCUUUAAUAGUUAUAAAGAAAAGGCACAUUGUCUAUUAUUAGGCCUUUUAUUUUUUGUCCAGGAAAUAACUGUCACGUAAAUUACCUAGGUACCAUUUUAUUCACUCACGACCAGAGAAUGUUCUAAGUUUAGACCAGAUUAAAAAGCUAAACUUUGAGAAAAAGAAGACAACAUAAAUUGAUUUCUUCUAAAGUUAAACAUUUCAUUUCUCUAUAAAUAAUGUUAAAUAGCAUCAACAUUCUUAUGUUAAACAAUAUUAUCCUGUUGCCAUUGUCUAGUAUGUAUAACAAUACUGUCAUUGACCUUUAAGUACAGUAGUAUUGAGAAAUAAAAUGAAUUGCUUACAUCCUGUCCAACAUGUGAAGAGGCCAUCUUUUCGUCUUAUUAGAUAUUAUCAAAAGUCAAUGUGCCCUUAUCACUUAUCCUUUCCGGUAUAAGGACCUAUUCACCAACAUAAAAGAACACCUGUGUCAAAGAAAAAAAAGCGUGCAAAACUAGCACACGUGGUGUUCUCGAUUAAGAUAGGUAAAGAAGAAAAAAAAUCAGUUGCUCAAACUUGGCACUGAAUUCACAUGAUGGUGCUGAGUAUUAAAUUUAGAUCUUAACUGUUGGUUAGUUAGGUCGAUAACCGACCAACACUCUGCUGCACCCAUGUCGUUUUGAACAACUAGUCUGUGAUGGUAGACGGCUUUUAUACCGAGCCGAGUGGAUAAGUUUGCUUAUAGUCAACUGUAGUAAAGCAGGCGCUCGCUGUACGUGCGCACUCCUUUCUGUAGCUAGCGGCUGCCAGAAAAUAAAUUCGAUCGCGGCUAGCGCAUAAAAUAAAAAAGUGCAAUUUCUUUUGAGUACAUAAUUAACGACAUUUUUUUGUCGAAGUAUAACAUUCCACUGUGUCUGAAUAUUUGUAGUGAUUUUAGACUGUGAUGAAUAUUUUAACCUAUAAUAACAGUGUGAGAAAUACAUGCGGUAAUAUUUACUAAGUGCGUUAUCAGUUCACGCUGUAUGGUGGCAUUGUAUGAAAGUACACAGUAUAGACUUGCGGCUUUGCUUUUUCAUGGUAUACCGCAAAACACGUGGUGUUUCCCGCCAUAGUUUGAGUAUGAUGCAAUGUUUGCGUGAAGAUACUCAGAGCGGGGCUGAAUAAAAAUUAUGAUCAUCGGAAUAUGUGUUAAUGAUAUGUAGCAUAUGUUAACGUCCACCUGUGAGAAUAUAUUUUAGUAUUGAAAUGGCGAAAGUAUCCGCUGCGGAGGGUUUAGCGCCUAGGGCGAUGGACGUGGGCCCGGAAGGUGCCGAUAACGACGGCGAUUCGGGGAACGGGGUCCGAUUAAAAAAAGAGUUGAGUUUGAUGAACGGCGUGGCUAUUAUCGUAGGUGUGAUAGUUGGAUCGGGGAUCUUCGUGUCCCCCAGCCUGGCGCUGAAGUACGCGGGCUCAAAGGGCAUGGCCCUCAUCGUGUGGGUGCUCUCCGGAUUCCUGUCCAUGAUUGGAGCACUGUGCUAUGCGGAACUGGGUACAAUGAUCCCGAAGUCAGGUGGUGACUACGCGUACAUCGGAGAGGCGUUCGGACCUCUCCUGUCGUUCUUGUACCUGUGGGUGGCGCUGUUCGUGUUGGUGCCAACGGGGAACGCCAUCACAGCUCUAACCUUCGCGCAAAACAUCUUACAACCCCUGUGGCCAGACUGCACGCCUCCUCGCGCCGCCAACACCCUCAUAGCGGCUAUAAUUACGUGUUUUUUGACAGUCAUUAACUGUUACAACGUGAAAUGGGUGACUAGAGUUCAGGACUCGUUUACGGCGGCGAAGAUCCUUGCGUUCGUUAUAACUUUCAUCGCGAGCUUAUGGUACUUAUUCUCGGGGCACACGGAGAAUCUGGAGUCAAUAAUGGAGGGUACCAAUACCGCGCCUGGUGACCUUGCUAUUGCCUUCUACACGGGUCUCUUCUCAUACUCCGGUUGGAACUAUCUCAAUUUCGUGACGGAGGAACUCAAAGAACCUUACAAGAAUUUACCACGGGCGAUUUGCAUUUCAAUGCCGGUGGUUACAUUAGUCUACGCCUUAACGAAUGUAGCCUACUUCGCGGUCCUCACUAAUGGAGAAAUCCACUCGUCAGAAGCCGUGGCUGUGACCUUCAGCGAAAAAAUCCUCGGAGUCAUGUCGUGGAUUAUGCCUCUGUUCGUAGCAAUGUGCACCUUCGGCUCGCUCAACGGCGCCAUCUAUGCUUCAUCGCGACUGUUCUUCGUCGGAGCCAGGAAUGGACAUUUGCCUCUUGCGAUAUCGUUGAUCGAUAUCAGGAGGUUGACUCCGGUCCCUUCACUAGUAUUUAUGUGUCUCGUGACUCUCAUAGUACUUUUGACCAACAACGUGGAAUCGCUGAUCGUGUACGUGACUGCGGUGGAGGCUCUGUUCACGCUGUGCUCAGUGGCCGGACUACUCUGGAUGCGUUACAAGAGGCCGCUGCUCAUGCGACCGAUCCGCGUCAACCUUCUUCUGCCGAUAGCUUUUCUCAUCAUAUGCACAUUCCUAGUAGUAUUCUCAUGCUUCACCCACCCGCAAGAAGUCGGCAUCGGCGUCGCCUUCACAGCCCUAGGCGUACCCAUAUACUUCGUCUUCAUACAGUGGCAGAACAAACCCCAAUGGUUGCAAUCCACUUGCAACUCAUUCAAUUUAGCCUGCUCCAAACUCUUCCUUUGCUUACCAGAAAAUUCCAAGGAUUUAUGAUCUCUGUAAUCCCACGAUACAAUUACAUGAGAUUCAGUGUGAUUCUAUUCAUAUACUUUACGUAUAAGUUAUUUAUAGUUAAGUGAACCAUAUUUAUUUUUUGCGCUGUGCAUAACUUUAUCUCGAAAUACUGAUGAUCUGUUUAAUUUUAAAUUGGCGUUAUGAUUCCUGUGCAUUUUAAGCUUAAGUUUCUAUUAUUUGUAGACUUUGUAAUAUGGAAAUAAACAAAUGUCUUAUAAAUA